AUGGCGUUUUCAUAUAUAAUCAAGUGUCCUUGUGACUUGGAAGAGGAUGGACAAAACAGUGAGGUAGCUGUUCAUUUUUCGAAGGGCUCUGAAUCAAUUGAUGGGUUUGGAGAAAACAAUGCUGCAGUUUCCAUGGAGGAUAUGAGGAGAAGAAUGAUCUGUAUGAGUGAAGAUAAUACCCCUUGUGAUGGUUUUCUCAAUGGGAAGGAUGUUGGACAGUCAAAGGUUUGUGCUAGAGGGCAUUGGAAACCUGCUGAGGACUCUAAACUCAAGGAACUUGUUGCACUUUAUGGACCUCAAAACUGGAACCUUAUAGCUGAAAAUUUGCAAGGAAGAACAGGUAAAAGCUGUAGAUUGAGGUGGUUUAAUCAACUUGACCCAAGGAUCAACAAAAAGGUUUUUACUGAAGAGGAAGAAGAGAGGCUGAUGGCAGCUCAUAGAGCAUAUGGUAACAAAUGGGCCAUGAUUGCUAGGCUUUUCCCUGGGAGAACUGAUAAUGCUGUAAAAAACCAUUGGCAUGUUAUUAUGGCUAGGAAAUACAGGCAGCAGGCUAGUGCCUAUAGUAGGAGAAAGCUAAGUCAAGCAGCCAAUGGCAACUUCACAAACCCCUCUAACAGCCCAUAUUUAUCUUCAUCUGUCGCGUCUAAUGGCUCUAAUUACAACAAGACUUCAAAGAAAGGAGAUGCAAGCAGUGGUAGAGAUUUGCUUCUUGGGUCUAAAAGCUACAACUCUUUAUCUCCUGGGGAAGGAAUUUGUAAAAACCAGACAUCCUUAGAUUUGUUUUCUGAUUAUAGUAGCCAAGAUGGUUUAAUUAGCCGGAACAGUAGGCAAUGGAACAUGCUUCGAGAUGAAACGACCUUGGCUGUUUCCCAUCCCAAUUCUCUUCCUUCACAGAUGUUAAUGCAACAAUCAAGUAACCAUCAACCAUCUGGUUUUUCUGAUUCCAUAGCAUCAGCAUCUCAGGUCACAGUCACUGAACCAUCAUCAUCCUCCCCAUCAGCUGCAGAGAACACAGUAGCAAGCCAUUUUGAUCAGACCACUAGCCCAUCAUCACCACCCUUUAUCGAUUUUCUUGGAGUAGGAGCUUAAUGAAGAACAAGGAUUUCCAAAGCGGGUAAAAGGAUUUAAAACUGAAAAGAGUGUCCAAAGACUAGCUCAGACAUCAUUACAGGGCAAAGAGAAAAAAAUUGUUUUUCAAGAUGAAUCACAAACCCCAGACGUAGCCCUUA